CCCGCCACAAGUCCUAUUACUGUUCUCUUCAUUAGAAAAAAUGAUGAAUCCUGCUAAAGGGAAUACAACAUUGCUUCUUCUCUCCCUUCUUCUUGUUUGCCCAAUCUGCACUUCCCUUGACACCAUAACACCAGACCAACCCCUCAAGGAUGGUGAUGAUCAACUUCUACUCUCAAACCAAAAAACCUUUGCACUUGGGUUUUUCAGCCCCGGCAGUACCAGUCGCCGCUACGUUGGAAUUUGGUAUAACUAAAUCACCGAACGAACCAUUGUGUGGGUUGCAAACAGAGACACUCCUCUCAAUGAUAAAUCCGGAGUCCUCUCCAUCAACGGUAAGGGAAACCUUGUACUCCACACCCAAAACCAAACCACUCCUAUUUGGUCCACCAAUGCUUCUUUUUCUGUCUCAUCCACAAAUAAUUCUAUGGCUAAGCUCUUAGAUAUAGGAAAUCUUGUUUUGGUUCAACAAGACAGCCAACGUGUUACAUGGCAAAGUUUUGAUUAUCCCACCAAUACUCUGCUUCCGCUUAUGAAACUUGGGCUGGACCGGCAGACCGGGUUGAAUCGGUUCCUAACAUCUUGGAAGUCCAAAGAUGACCCGGGAAUUGGCAACCAUUCAUUUCGAAUGGUUCCAACUGGGUACCCUCAGGUGAUCUUAUACAUGGGUCAGACUCUAUUAUGGCGUAUGGGAUUUUGGAAUGGCGUAACAUGGAGCGGUGUACCCAAAAUCGCAUCACCUUACUUCAGAGUUAGCUUUGUGAAUAAUCAAGAUGAAAGCACCUUUAUGUACAGUAUUAUUCCAAAUUUACCCACCAAAGUUAUUGUUAAAAUGGUGGUGGAUGAAUUAGGAAUUGUGGAACGGUCCUUAUGGCAGGAGACUACAUGGGUCCAAUAUUGGUCCGCCCCACAAGGGUGCUUUCCAGGAUUUGAACCCAAGUCAUCUCGUGAUUGUAUGAGGGAAAAGCAAGGAGUGUCCAUGUGCAACAACGGAGAAGGGUUCGUGAAGUUGGCACAUAUGCAGGUGCCGGAUACUUCAAUAGCACAUGCAAACAUGAGUUUGAGUAUGAAAGAGUGUGAGCAAAAGUGUUUGAGGAAUUGUUCUUGUAUGGCUUAUGCAAGUGCAAAUGAGAGUGUGGGAGGGAUUGGUUGCUUGACAUGGCAUGGGGACUUGGUGGACACAAGAACAUCUCCUGAAGGAGGACAAGAUUUAUACAUACGUGUGGAUGCGGUUGUAUUAGCUCAAUAUGCUAAGAAAAAUGGUCUUACUCAGAAAAAGAGGAUGCUGGCAAUUCUGGGAGUUUCUGUUGCUAUAAUGUUUCUUCUUAUAGUCUCAGUUGUGUAUUGUUUUGUAAUGAAGAAGAAAAAAGAGAAGAGGCAUAACACAUAUUCAUAUAGUGCUAACUCCACUUUACAAUACUUCGAAGACUCUCCAAGUAGAAGGGACCUUGAUGGAGCUAGAAGAAAUUCAAAUUUGCCAUUAUUUGAUCUAGGAACCAUUGUUGCAGCUACAGAUAACUUCUCUAUUGCUAACAAGCUUGGCCAAGGUGGUUUUGGCCCUGUUUAUAAGGGUUUGCUACAAAAUGGAAUGGAAAUAGCAGUAAAAAGACUAUCAAAAUGCUCUGGACAAGGAAUAGAACAAUUCAAAAUGGAAUCUGCACUAAUUGCUAAACUCCAACAUAGGAACCUUGUGAGAAUUUUAGGUUGUUACAUUCACAAAGAAGAGAAGAUGUUGAUCUAUGAGUACUUGCCAAAUAAAAGUUUGGACUUUUUCAUUUUUGAUGAAACAAAAAGGUCAUGUUUAGAUUGGGAAAAGCGAUUUGAGAUUAUUUGCGGAAUUGGUCGAGGGAUCUUAUAUCUUCAUCAAGACUCAAGAUUAAGAAUUAUCCAUAGAGAUUUAAAGGCCAGCAAUGUUCUACUUGACAAUGCAUUGAAUCCAAAAAUUUCAGAUUUUGGUAUGGCAAGAAUUGUUGGAGGGGACCAAUUUGAAGCUAAUACAAAUUGCGUCGUUGGAACAUAUGGUUAUAUGUCACCUGAGUAUGCAAUGCAAGGACUUUUUUCAAUAAAGUCUGAUGUAUAUAGCUUUGGAGUGUUGCUACUGGAGAUCAUUACUGGGAAAAGGAAUAGUACUUACCAUCAUGAUGGCCCUUCCUCAAAUUUGAUUGGACAUGUUUGGGACCUAUGGAGAGAAGACAAUUCCAUGAAAAUAGUCGACCCGUUACUAGAUGAGACAUACCCUGCUAAUGAAGUUUCAAGAUGCAUUCAAAUUGGACUUUUGUGCGUGCAAGAACAUGCAACAGACCGGCCAACCAUGUCAACUAUUGUUUUCAUGUUGGGUAAUGACACUCCCCUUCCUUCUCCAAAAAGACCUGCAUUUAUUUUGAAGGGUACUUACAAUAGUACAGACAGAUCAACUAAUGCAGCAUCUAAUUCUAUAAAUGAAAUAACACUUUCUAAAAUUGAUGGUCGUUAAAACCCCAAACUAUUUGAAGCAAGUGCACAAAUAUUCCAUUACAACAUAGGAUCGAGUGCACAAAUAACACUUUCUACUCUACAUUACUACUUUUUUUUUUUUUUUGGUAUGAAUAAUUGGAAAUAAUGUAUGCACUGUAAAAUUAUUACAAAAAAGAAGAUAAUAUAUAAUAUUACACAAACUAUUAUUGUCCAGAACUUGUGAUGAAAUCACUACCAUCUCCUUUAGCCUUUUCUUUCAAGUGGUUUUUGAAAUUAAUAUACAAAAAGUUAACUGCGUAUAUAUGAUCUGUGGAGAUAACUUCAUUGGUUUUCAAAAAACAAUGUCCAAAGUUAUAAAGAUCUUUUCUUUUGGUGUGAAAUUUACUAAGUUUAUCCAUGAAGAUUUAAAAGAGGAACGCUGAAUGCAUAAUACUGGAAUUUAAUUUGGAUUUCAAGGUGUUUUACUCAAAACGGAACCAUUGUAUUUAUGAAUUGUGCCAAGCCUAUUGAUAUGCUCGGGUAUGGCUAAUAUUUUUAACUUAAAGAGCACUUCAACCAAGACAAUAUUACAAAAUAAGUUAGAACAACAGUUUAUAACUUUGAUGGCAAAUCCUCUUGUACAGCAAGGAGAAGUGUGAAAAAAUGGAUGACAAUAAGUUGUAAUCAUUUCCUCAUUUUUGCUUAAAUUUGGCCCAAUUC